AUGGAUUUCAAUCCGUUUGAGGACUCUUCUAACUUUGUUGAACUAUUAAAUAGUCAACAAAAAGUUCUCUUCGGUAACUUAUCAGAUACUGUUUCCCUCUCAUCAUCGGAAGUUCCUAAAAAAGUUGGCAAGCCUCGUCCAGAGCGUAAGGAGCAAAGGACCUGGACGCCAACAGAUGACAUAGUGCUAAUCAGCUCAUGGCUUAACACUAGCAAAGACUCCGUUGUUGGCAAUGAGCAAAAGUCACUCGCCUUCUGGGAGCGACUUGCAACAUACUUGUCCUAUAGUCCUAAGCUUGCGGGCUGUGAAAGACGAGAGGGAUCUACGUGCAAGCAACGUUGGCACAAGCUAAAUGAUCUAGUUUGCAAGUUUUGUGGGGCUUGUGAAGCAGCUACCAGGGAGAAAAGUAGUGGUAUGAACGAGAAUGAUGUUAUAAAAUUAGCCCACGAGAUCUUCGUCUCCAACCAUAAGAAGAGGUUCACACUUGAACAUGCUUGGCAUGAGCUUCGCCAUGACCAGAAGUGGUGUGAAUCUUCUACAGCUAAAAAUGAAAGCAGCUCGAAAAGGAGAAAGUGUGGGGAUGGUUCACAUUCUGCAAGCUCGCAAGUAAAUGAAAACGAUGAGGGAACGAAUCAUUCCAUAGGUGUUAAGGCAGCAAAGGCCCGUGGAAAGAGGCCGGUGGUUGAGGGGAAGGAGCUGUAUGACUUCCAGUCUAUGUGGAGCCUUAAGAAGGCGGAUUUGCAACUGAAGGAAAGGCUUUCCAAGAUGAUUUUGUUGCAAAGCAAUCACCGUUAG